AUAAUAAUCACUUAACCGAGUGUGUGGGAGCUGAGCUCCAUCCGGAGAGAAAAGUCGUGAUUGAGUUUGUUAAAAGAAGCGUUAUGUUUUAGCUCGCUGAAAAGUUUUGUCUUUAUUAAUGUUCGCUACGGAACAUAGAUAUGGCUUCUAAUAAGAACAACUUGGACAGUGUCCUGGUGUACGGUGUGAAGCUCGAGAAUAGACUCAACAUACAGGAUUUGCAGCAACUCAAGUCAGCAUUUAUGACAUUUGGUGAUGGAUACAAUGAUAGACUUAGUGUAGAUAAGGAUGAGUUUUGCAUUCUUCUACAACAGGUACUCACUAAAGGUUCUUAUGAAGAACAUUGUGAUCUGUUUGACAAGAUUGAUGUUACUAAGGAGGGCAAAGUUGAUUGGGAUAAGAUCGCAUCACAUUUACUUCUGGAAUAUGUAGAAAAAGAUGACCGUGUUAAAGCAACUCAGGUAAAUGUGAUAAUGUAUGAAAUAUCUUUCAAGAGGUACGCAAUUUUGUUGGGACCUCAGCAUAUGGUUUCCUCUAGGAUAUUUGUAUAAUGUCCAAUUUGUAAUAAACAAAUGUAUAACAAAAUCUUAACCUGUAAUAGUAAUAGAAUAUCAUGUUGUAGGCUAAUUUAUGAAUCUGAAAAACAACUACUGCCAUUGUAUCUUAACAUAUAAACACCUUUAAAAAGAAAAUGGUUUAGGUUUUCAAGGCAGGAAGAGCAUGUGGGCAUUGGCUUAGUCAUUCAGGUUUUUGACUGAUUUUCGUAUAUAUUGUCCCUUGAAAAUGACAUAAAAAUCAUAAAAAAUGAUAUUGAAAUUAACUAGCUCAUUUUUCUAUAACAUACAAAUUAUUAACUUGAGCAUUUAUUGAAUUUACAAA